CAAUGAACCCUCCUCCUUCUUCCUGCUCUCAAACACAGUCAGCUCCUCUCUGUCCACAUGUUUCCUGUUCCCUCCCCUUCAGAUCUACAGUUUGAAGAUGGGUGGAACCAACAUGGUGGUGAAGUGCAGGAGCUGACAGGCCUCAUUCACUGCAGAGACACAUGUUGUUUAGAUCAGAGCUCAGACUGGUUUCACUUUUGAGGAAGUGAAAGUCAGACAGUCGUUGUUGCUGAGAGGUGAAAUGGCGCAGAAAGCAGUUCAGCUGGACCACGAAACCUUCUGUUGUUCGAUCUGUCUGGAUCUACUGAAGGAUCCGGUGACGACUUCCUGUGGACACAACUACUGCAUGAACUGUAUUAAAACCCACUGGGAUGAAGAGGAUGAGAGGAGAAUCCACAGCUGCCCUGAGUGUAGGCAGACCUUCACACCGAGGCCUGUCCUGAUGAAAAACACCAUGUUAGCAGUUUUAGUGGAGCAGCUGAAGAAGACUGGACUCCAAGCUGCUCCUGCUGAUUCCUGCUAUGCUGGACCUGAAGAUGUGGCCUGUGAUGUCUGCACUGGGAGAAAACUGAAAGCCCUCAAGUCCUGUCUGGUCUGUCUGGUCUCUUACUGUGAGAAACACCUCCAGCCUCACUAUGAUGUGGCUCAGCUAACGAAACACAAGCUGGUGGAGCCCACUGAGAAGCUCCAGGAGAACAUGUGCUCUCGUCAUAAUGAGGUGAUGAAGAUGUUCUGCCGUACUGAUCAGCAGUGUAUCUGUUAUCUCUGCCCUGUGGAUGAACAUAAAGGCCACGACACAGUGUCAGCUGCAGCAGAAAGGACUGAGAGGCAGAGAGAAGUCGAGGUGAGUCUACAAAACAUCCAGCAGAGAAUCCAGGACAGACAGAAAGACCUGAAGGUGCUUCAACAGGAGGUGGAGGCCAUCAUUCGCUCUGCUGAUAAAGCAGUGGAGGACAGUGAGAAGAUCUUCACUCAGCUGAUCCGUCUCAUGGAGAAAAGAAGCUCUGAUGUGAAGCAGCAGCUCAGAUCCCAGCAGCAAACUGAAGUGAGUCGAGUCUUGGAGCUUCAGGAGAAGCUGGAGCAGGAGAUCACUGAGCUGAAGAGGAAAGACGCUGAGCUGAAGAAGCUCUCACACACAGAGGAUCACACCCAGUUUCUACACAACUACCCCUCACUGUCAGCACUCAGUGAGUCCACACACUCAUCCAGCAUCAACAUCCGUCCUCUGAGAUACUUUGAGGAUGUGACGGCUGCUGUGUCAGAGCUAAGAGACAAACUACAGGACGUCCUGAGGGACACAUGGACAAACGUCUCAGAGGCUGAAGUGGAUGUUUUACUGCCACAACCAGAGAUCAAGACCAGAGCUGACUUCUUAAAAUAUUCAUGUGAAAUCACACUGGAUCCAAACACAGCACAUACUCGCCUGUUGUUAUCCAAAGGCAACAGAAAAGUAACAUUGAUGUCUGCAGGACUAAGCUUUCCUGAUCACCCAGACAGAUUCAUCGAUAGGAUUCAAGUUCUGAGCAGAGAGAGUCUGACUGGACGUUGUUACUGGGAGGUGGAGAAAGGCAAGGGAGGCGUUACAGUUGUAGUAUCAUACAAAGACAACAACACUGUAGAUGAAAGAUUUGGAGAUAAUGACAAGUCUUGGGCACUGGGAUUUUACAAAUGUCGCUAUGAAUUCAAACACAACAAUGUCCAAACUGCUGUCUCAGGUCCUCUGUCCUCCAGAGUAGGAGUGUACCUGGAUCACAGUGCAGGUAUUCUGUCCUUCUACAGCAUCUCUGAAACCAUGACUCUCCUCCACAGAGUCCAGACCACAUUCACUCAGCCUCUCUAUGCUGGAUUUUGUCUUGACACUCCAGCUGGAAACACUGUUGAGUUGUGUGAGCUUAAGUAGGCAAAACUUAUCGAACAGUAAAUAUGAGAUACUCAGUUUUUUCAUCAAGAAUUAAGUGCAAGACUAGCUGACACUUUUUUAUCAUCCAUAGUAAUCUAAUUAUUGCAUUUCUUUUUAUGUUUUUGCAAACCAAAAUGUGAAACAGAUUUCCACUAGAUCUCCACUAGAGGUCGCUCUUACAUAUGAAUUCCACCAUGAGACACUGAGAUGUACUUUACUGCCAUUUACAUCAUAAAGCCAAAAGUUUGCAGACACUCCUGAGGCCUCUGUGCACUUGAGAUGUGUGGCUCUUUUUCAUAGUUUUGUGUGGAUCGUUCAGUCAGAGCUAAAGGAAAUCUUAACGCUACAGCAUCCAACAGUGCACCUCCAUCUUUGUUGUGACUGUUUGGGGAAGACACUUUCCUGUUUCCAACACCAACAGGAUGAUCUGGAACGCAGACUGAGAGUCAGACCGUCGUGUGUGACGGCUGAAUGGGAUUAAGUGCCUACAGUCGGGUUUCAUGUUCUGGUGGGACGACUGAGAUGAUAAAACCUGUGGGUGUCCUUUACAGGUGUCCACAUACUUUGUGUGGGUGUCUACAAACUUUUGGCCGGUGUACGUCGACACCAGCGUAGUUGGCAGACAUGCAGAUGGAAACUGCAGCACAUAAAUAUUUCAGUAGUGAUCAUACAAGAAAAAUGGGUCUGGGUUCUUGAGGGGUAAAUAAUCUUUUGAAUGUCCAGUGAACGUCUUUGAAAUAACUUUCUUUUCCCUCACACUUUUAACUUAGAAUAAAUGUAAAUAUCGCUGGUGAUCAUCCUCUCAUCUGCUACCAAUGUGCCAGACAGAUGUUUGUUUUUCUCCAGCUGAUUCAUUUUGCUGCCUGAUUUGAUGAAAUCAAACAUGAUAUACGAUGCAUUAAAACCUGUGUGAAGGGUUUGCUUGAUGAAAUCCUGACUUGACUGUGACUUGAUAUGAAGGAUGGGACUUUAUUUUAUGUCUUGUGACUGAUACAGUAAUUCUGUUUCCGUAGCCAAUGUGUUUUGUCCUGUCAAUCAACCUUUAGUCUACUUCUGCCUUUUAUCAAACUAAUUUAAUUUGAGGUUUUUGUUCAUGUAUCCCCAUAACUUUUUAUUCUUUCCCUUUUGUUCAGUUCUGUAUUAUUUUUUACUGUCUAUUCUUACUCAUACUGUAAUUUUGUGCAUUUUUAAAUUGUUUCAUAUUUACACACAGUACAAAUAAACUCCCAGUGUCUCCUCUU